AUAUCACACAUUCCGUGACAUUAUUAUUCGUAAUCUUAACAAAAAUAUAAGCUUCCCACCAAAUAUUUGGGCUGUUCAACCUCAAAUGAAACUUAAUAAUAGUGAUGAUGACAACUAUCCAAACAAGAUUAGUAGUUGGACACAAUAUAUUAUAAGUUAUAGGAUUGAUUUAUUAUUUGUGUACUUUAAAGUUCAACUUCAAACAUCGGAUGGUAAUGGAUGGUUCGGAAUGGGGUUUGGUCCUGAAGAUGAGGGAAUGAAAGGAGCAGAAUUUAUCAUUGGCAUUGUUAAUAAUGGAAAUGUCACCCUAGAAAAUUAUCAUGCAGAUGUGGGCGGUUAUCACCCUCCUCUUCGUGAUUCUAAUCAAGACCCCGAUCUUGUACCAAAUUUUUCUAUGUCUGAUAAUAAAGCUGUAACCGUAGAGUUUAAAAGACUUCUCCGUCCUCCGGGAAGAAAGCCAAUUACAAAUGAUAAUAUGAAAUACAUCAUGGCUUAUAAUCCAAAUAGUAAUGCUUUUUCUUAUCAUUUAAAUAAUCGCGUGUUGUUCCGUGUGAACUUUUAUAAUAGUGAAAUUAGCGCUGCAACUGCGACUAUAUUUCAAUUAUUGGUUAAAGUUAUUCAUGGAUGUGGAAUGUUCUUUACAUGGUGCAUCUUAUUUCCAAUAUCGAUUUUUAUUGUUCGGUACUGUAAGCAUUUUAAUAUGUACCUUAAACUUCAUAAAUUUAUGCAAUUGUUGGGCGGUAUUUCAAUUUCAGCAUUCGGAUUUGCUGCUAUUUCUACGGUGUUAAUGGUUGAUUAUUUCAUAGGCUUUGGUCUAAUUGCUAUUUGGGGACAAGCAUCUGUGAUAUCAGUUAAUAAG